AUGAAGCGAGCUCUCGAUAUCUCGAGGCACAGGCUCGUCUCCUCUUCUUCUUCUUCCUCUUUGCAGUUAAUCCCCAGAUGUGAUAAUUCACUUAAGCCAAUCCUCAAUCCGCUUUACAAUUUACUUCCCCAAACUCAAAACCCUAAUCAAAUCGUCGAUGUCAUCUGUUCGACUCUCAAGCAGCGUGAUUUCGUCUUAUCCAACCUUCGCGACGAGGUGAAAUCUCUGAUUCCUCAUUUGGGCGAUCGUGAAAUCUCUAGGGUCUUGCUUAGGUUUCAGUCCGAUGCUUCUCGAGCUCUUGCGUUUUUCACUUGGGUUAAAUUCGAUUUAGGGAAGAGGCCAAAUGUUGGUAACUACUGUUUGUUGCUUCACAUUCUCGCUUGGUCUAAGAAGUUUCCGUUGGCUAUGCAAUUUCUCUGUGAAUUGAUUGAAUUGCAAUCUAAGGAAGAAGAAGAUGUAUUUAGUGUUUUGGUUUCUGCUACUGAUGAAUGCAAUUGGGAUCCUGUGGUUUUCGAUAUCCUCGUCAAAGGUUACCUGAAAUUAGGUUUGGUAGAAGACGGAUUCUCGGCGUUUCGAAAGGUGAUUGAUUCCGGUUUUCGUGUUAGUGUCGUCACUUGUAAUCAUCUCUUGAAUGGUUUGCUGAAACUGGACUUGAUGGAGGAUUGUUGGCAAGUGUACCAUGCGAUGAGUAGAGUCGGAAUCCAUCCCAACACGCAUACAUUCAACAUUCUCACGAAUGUGUUCUGCAAAGAUUCGAACUUCCAUGAAGUUAACGACUUUCUGGAGAAGAUGGAAGAAGAAGGAUUUGAGCCUGAUUUGGUUACUUACAACACGUUGGUGAGUAGUUACUGUAGAAGAGGAAGGUUGAAAGAAGCGUUUUAUCUGUACAAGAUCAUGUAUCGGCGUAGUGUUGUCCCGGAUUUGGUAACCUAUACAUCGCUAAUCAAAGGUCUUUGUAGAGAUGGGAGAGUUAGAGAAGCUCAUCAGACUUUCCACAAGAUGGUAGACAGAGGAAUUGCUCCUGAUUGUAUCUCGUACAACACUUUGAUCUAUGCUUAUUGCAAAGAUGGAAUGAUGGAACAGUCGAAGAGAUUGUUACACGAAAUGCUUGGGAAUAGCGUUGUUCCGGAUCGGUUUACUUGUAAGGUUAUAGUCGAAGGCUUUGUGAGAGAAGGACGGUUGCUUGCAGCUGUUAGUUUUGUUGUAGAGCUUAGAAGGUUAAAAGUUGCAAUACCGUUUGAAGUUUGCGAGUUUCUGAUUGAGAGUUUGUGCCGUGAAGGUAAACCGUUUGCAGCGAAGCAUCUGUUGGAAAGAAUCAGCGAAGAGGAAGGUCACGAGGUUGCUAAACCAGAGACUUACAACAACUUGAUCGAGUCUUUGUCCCGUUGUGAUGCUAUCGAAGAGGCGUUGGUUCUAAAAGAGAAGCUCACUAGCGCGAAUCAAGUUCUUGAUGUCAAGACGUACCAAGCUCUUAUUUGCUGUUUGUGUAGGAUCGGUAGGUACCGUGAAGCUGAGUCUAUGAUGAAGGAAAUGCUUGAUUUUGAGGUGAAACCGGAUUCUUUAAUAUGUGGAGCUUUGGUUAAUGGAUACUGCAAAGGAUUGGAUUUGGCUAAAGCUGAGAGUUUAUUGAGUUUCUUUGCUAUGGAGUUUAGAAUCUUAGACAUAGAGAGUUACAAUUUAGUUGUUAAAGCGAUUUGUGAAAAGGGAAGUGGAUACAAGAAAGUGUUAGAGUUUCAGGAGAGAAUGCAGAGAGUUGGGUUUGUUCCAAACAGUCUAAGUUGUAUGUACAUGAUCCAAAGUUUAAACCAAUGA